GGCGGGGACAAGGAGGGGAAACAAGGUGAACGAAGAAUCUGGGGGAAUCUGGCGGCAGUGCGUGGUACGUCGUUGCUUUGGUCGGUAUCGCUCGCUCUUACUUCCGCAGUGUUUUGAUAGUGUAUCGUCCAUACGUGUCGUACACACGGUGCAGUGUGCGCGUCCCAGUUGAUGUGUUUCGUCGAUACCCCGUCGGACUAGAGUGUGCGGCUGGUCGCGUCGUAGUUGGCGCGCAAUUCGUCGUCAUUUCUUUCUUUUCUUUUCUUUCAAUUGUUCUCUGACGAGCGGCGAGCUCGAAGGGGAACGACGAUUCGUGACGGAGUGUCCAUCGACGACGACGACGACGAGGAAUCACGACUUGUGACGGUUCAUUCGAGCGAGCGAGUUCAACACGACACGCACGUCUCAUCCUUGUCUCGGUCCCCGACGACUGUCCACGUCCUGGUCGGCGGCCUCGUGUCCUGGCUUCUCGCGUUCUUCGCCGAGUGUGAAAGUGCAUGCUGCCGUAGGAAGAAGCGACAGACAGCGGACUUGUGCGGCCACGGAGGAUGUUGGAUCGCGACACAGCGAUACAUCUCGUCGCCGGAGGUGUGGCUGGCACGGCAGGAGCGAUAGUGACUUGUCCUCUGGAAGUAGUCAAGACCCGACUGCAAUCCUCAUCUUUCGGUUUCCACCCACCUCCAUCAAGCAAAGAGUUCACGUCUGGUCACUCCUCUGGUUACUGCAGGAAUUCGCCGACCCCCGAGCAACGUAGGAGGCUAUGCACCGGAUUGUAUCCCCGGUACUCCGGUCACUUCGUAGCUCUUUCGCAUUUCGGCGUCUCGAGCCGGCCGCCACAAUCCCGGCACGCGCCAGGUAUCUAUGAAUGUAUACGGCAUAUCAUCAAGCAUGAGGGAGCACGUGGACUGUUCAAAGGUCUCGGGCCGAAUCUUAUCGGCGUGGCACCCUCCAGAGCGAUCUACUUUUGCGCCUACUCCAAGAGCAAAACCGCCUUCAAUGCCAUCCUACCUCCCGACACUCCGAUCGUUCAUGUCUUCUCCGCGUCCUGCGCUGGUUUCGCGGCGUGUACACUGACAAAUCCAAUUUGGUUCGUAAAGACCAGACUACAGCUGGACCACCGAACGAAUAAAAUCACUGCGAUAGAAUGUAUGCGGAGGAUAUAUCAACAAUCGGGUAUCCUGGGAUUUUACAAAGGUAUCGUGGCGUCCUACAUAGGCAUAAGCGAGACUGUGAUACACUUUGUGAUAUACGAGGCAGUGAAGUCUUGGUUAGCCACACACGGGUCGCGAGCCGCGAGGUCAGAUGACAGAAAGACCUUCCGAGACUUCAUCGAGUUCAUGGGGGCCGGUUCGUUCUCGAAAACGAUAGCGUCGAUCAUUGCGUAUCCUCACGAAGUCGCGCGGACCCGGUUGCGAGAGGAGGGCACCAAGUACCGCACCUUCUGGCAGACCCUGCACACCGUGUGCGCCGAGGAGGGCGUGAAGGGUCUAUACCGCGGCCUCGGCACUCAGCUGAUCCGCCAGAUCCCGAACACCGCAAUCAUAAUGGCGACCUAUGAGGCGGUGGUGUACAUACUGACCCGGCACUUUCAGCCAGUAGCGGUGUCGUGCAGCGCCGGCGCUACCACGACGCAGUUCUACGGCGAGACUAAAACGAAGAGGGAACUGGCCUAGGACCUGCUCACGGCCCCCGAAUAAAGGGCCCCAGCUGUUCCCCCUUUUGCAUUAGGCGAAUAAGCGCGCCUUCGGGCCCUCGUCUUAACAUACGCCUGAGUAGAGAGCAAUCGUGCGUCUAAUGAGACGCGUCGAGACAAAGCGAGUGAUGGUAAAAAGAUAGGGGAGGGAGAGGGAGGGAGAGGGAGAUAGAAAGGGAUAGAAGGAAUUGGAUACCGGGGAAACGCGCUUGAUACAUACUGACCGUUACUCCGGGGCUAGUCAGAAAGGUGCUAUGCGCCUUGAUUGCGUACUCUGAUCUAAAAGUGUGUAGCAAAAAGUAGUCCUUCCUCCUUUCAGGUAGCGUAUGUAUGGACCCGUUGUAAGGGAGAGGAAGAGGAAGAGAUAGAUAGUGGUUUAUAAAGAGGGGAGGAGGGGGGGUUACAAGGAAGGAAGCGGUUGAUUAGUAUCAGAUGGACGGACAGACCUGAGAGACCUGAAACUUCGCUUCUCGCGAAAACGCGAAUCACGCAUGCGUGAGCGCCGGGAAGAAACCAGGGCUUAUUGUGUUAAUUACGUAAAAAGCUUAUUCGAGGUUUGCCUCUCAAGAAUGCCCCUCGCUCCGGAAACGAGACUCGCCAUGUCGGCAGGCUGGACUGCCUUCGCACAAGGCUCGCUGUGAAAUAUGUAAAUUUCGACUUCGGGCGAGUCUGACUUCUGGCGUCGUUCCCACUUCACGAUUUACGGCUUCUCGUCUUGCACCCCGCGUGUCGUCUUUCUCCUCGAUUUUUGUUAAAAACACACACACUAUAGAAGAGACGCCAUUCAGAUAAAACAAAAGAAAGCUUUACUUGCGAAAUUGAUUCGUAGAAUGAGUACUACUACAUUGUUCUAGAGCAACAAGUAUAAUAAAAAAACGAUUUGUGACCGUUUGGAUUUUUCUGAAGCAGGAAUUUCGGAUUUUCGAAUAUCUGCGUUUUGUUAGAAAAUCGGCAAUUUUAACCGGUCGUAAACGGAACAUCGUAGAUCAUCGUAGAUUAUCGUAGAUCAUCCUUGAAAGCUUCAAUGCUUCCUAGCUAUUGUGACUUUCGUGAGAAUCGUUAUUUACAGAAUCGUGUAAAUAAUCCGAUCUCGAGUUUUUCGCGAGGAUCUAAUUUCCCUGUCUCAAUUUUCUCAAAUAUCUCAAUUUUCGUUUUCAAGCAAUACGGACAUUAGAAUUUUUAAUUUUCCAUAGCAUGCGCGAACAAUGUUACCAGAUGAUAUGAUUACGUAUAUAUUUAAAACUUAUUCAAAAACAACGCAUUUUCCUCCACAUAUGUAAAUAUAUUUGUAGUUAAAUCAAUAAUAAAUUGGAAAAUUUUACGAUAAACAUUUCAAACGCAGUCAAUAUAUUAUUCGUCAUAAUAAAUACAUAGACGUAUAUAUCGUGACGAAUUAUGUUUGUGAUUCUUCCGAUUUGUUCAUUCGUGUUUUAAAGAAGUUAAAGACGACGAAAGCUGAAUGCUGUCGUUGACGUGUUAUGCGUUUACAUUUAUUUUACAAUCGUGCGUUGUAAACAUAUUUCGUACCAACGACAACGUUUGACUCCUGUCGUCGUUAAUUUCCUUACGAUGUUAAUUUUAAUCUAGACAGUUUAAUCUUUGUAACAAUUUAACUUGUUUGCGUCUUGUAUUUACACGUUUUGUUAGAUCGAGUUGUGUAUAUAACAUACAUUUUAUGAAGAUUUGCUGUAGAUAUUAACUCGAAAUUCGUUACGGUAACAGUUCUGUUUGAUCCGUGUUCUUUACGUACCGCAAUUUCGUUAUAUUUUCUUACGUAUAUUUAACGAUCAGCCGGAUCAAAUUUUCCAUUUCCACAGUUCCGAUUUCGUAGCCUGUACUCCGUCGAAAUAUCGCUAAUAUAAUGCAAUAAGUAGAAUCCUUGACAGACCAGUGUACAUUUUGUGCAGUUUGCUCUUAGACACAAUCUUAAACAAAACAGAAGAUAUACUUAAUAUGUACAUUAUAUAAAUUGCAUAUACAUAGAGAAGGAGAUGGAAAAACGGCGAUGUCAACAUUAGAAAAUAUCCACCCAAGGAUUGUAGCGCGUAUUAGACAGUCUGAGAUAGUUUCGAUUUUAUUUAUAUAGAAAGAUAUGCGUGUGUACAUAUCGAACCGUGGACUCUAGCUGUACAUUUACGAGCGCUUGUAUAUGUUCCGUUAGUUAGCAGUACGCAAUAUCGCAUAGUACUAUCUUCAGGAAGGUCGAAAAGGGAAAGUAUUACGAGAACGCGAAGGCACCGUCGUUAUACUUACGUCUCUUACAGAUCUGUCAUGGGACACGUGAGACUUUACACUCAUCGCAAUUCGUUUCGUAUAACAAUCCCACACACGUGGCUAGUCUCCACAAGGUGUCGGAAAAGCGAGAAUGUUGACUUGAAGAUUCUUCUACGAAUUAUCGCGCGGAGAAAAUGUCGGGUUUUUCAUUUUUUCUUUCACGUCGGUACUGUAACGAUCGUAAGAAAAUUUCUCUCUCGGUUCACCCAAACCAUUUAUUUUCAUCUUUGAUAUUCUCUCUUUUGAUUAUUCUUUUCGUUUUACUUUAUAUCGCGGUAAAAGAGAAACGCAACAAGACAUCCGCUAUCUUGAAAGCAAUAAAACCGGUUUGUUAAUAAUGCAAUUAUAUAUAUAUAUACAAGUACGUACCAUCUUCUCUCUUGUUUGUAUAUUCAUACGUAAGUAUUUUUACAUCUAAAGCGAGCAAAAUUUUCAUCGAGGGGAAAUCAUCAAUAUUGCAUUAUUUGCCUUUUUUUCUUACAAGAUUACCUUAUCAAGUGACGAUUAUUUUUGUAUUUGCUUGCGUUUAAAUAACAUCUUCAAACGUUGAUUACAUGUACUUUCAGUCGGUCGAUCAAUUUCCUUCAAUUUUAUUCACCAGGUAUCACAUGUAUCUCAACAUUGUAAAGUUACUCGUAUAAUUCUCAAGCUUGCAUGUAUGCGCAAAUAUUAAAGUUUACAUGGCGCCUGGUAUAGUAUAGUUUCGACCGAGAGAUCGUUAUAAGUUAAAUUCCGAUUAAUAUAUACUCCAAAAUUUCAUUGGUUAUUUAGAAAGAAUCUUUCUUUGUACUGUAUAUGAUGGAGCUGUGAUUGUAUUUUUUUUUUUUUCUUUUACCGGUGAAGCUUGGCGCUUAGCAAUUAUGCAACGCGACUGGACUUACAACGUUUAUAUAGAGAUGUCAUGGAAGUCGUACAAGUUAGAAUUCUAGAUACUAGGUGCACCAGACUAUAUAUGCCUUUACAUUAUAACUUGGAAUUACUCAUAUGAUUUUCAAUCUUGCACGUGCAUGUAAGACUGAAAGUCGUAUGAAACUCUAGGUAGUAAGCGGCAUACGUAUAAUACUUGGUGUGUUUUUAGUACUGUGACCGCUCACUGAGCUCUUGGAUCUGGUUGGUGCUUACUUUUGGAUCUGAUUCUGAGUUAAAAGUAUAAACUACAAUCUGAACGACUCAGCUGAGUGUUUAUGUACGAAGUGGUCCCUGUGAGUAACCACUGAAAUAAAAUCGACAUAACAUUAAUUGAUUUGAUUGUUUUUACUCAUCGACCUUAUCGGUGUUGGAGGAAAGUAUGCGACUUCUAGAACACAGCGUGUAUAAUCGAUAUAUUAACUGUUAACCAUCUUGUUGAGAUUUUAUUACAAGGCCGUUGCCACUUGUAAAUGUACGUGCGAGAAAUGCGGUUUCUAAGUGCCAGGCUGUUAUCAUAGUGUUGUUAUCAUAGUCAUGCAUAGUUACUCCACCAGGAAGUAUCCUACAUAUUUUAGAGAAACACAAAGAAGUCUGGAAAUCAUGCCAAGUUGUAAAUCGUGUACAGAUACUAAAUAGAGAGAGAGAGAGAGAGAGAGAGAGAGAGAGAGGGAGAGAAGGAAAAAGAAAAAA